AGAGCCAACUCACUUCACAGUUGCUUACUCGCGUAGCGGUUCAGUUGAUUCCGAACGCUCGUCUCGCGUGCACGUCUCUCUACUCUCCACUUCCGAAGUUAACUUUUCGUAAGUUCAACAUGACGUUGCGAAGCGUGCUCGUGAUGUUGGCACUGGCCGGGGCCACGUUCGCGGGUCCUGAGGUCACCGAACUGAAGGUUGACGUCGUCAGCGUCCCAGAAGGAUGCAGCACGAAGUCCAAGAACGGCGAUAUGCUCACCAUGCACUAUACGGGCACCCUUGACAACGGCAACAAAUUCGACUCCAGCUUCGACCGCGAACAACCGUUCACUUUCCAGAUCGGUGUGGGCCAGGUGAUCAAGGGCUGGGACCAGGGGCUGCUGGAUAUGUGUGUCGGUGAGAAACGUAAGCUCACGAUCCCAGCUUCGCUCGGCUACGGAGAGCGCGGGGCCGGCAACGUCAUCCCCCCUCAUGCCACCCUCCACUUCGAGGUGGAGCUGAUCAACAUCGGUGACUCGCCCCCAACCACCAACGUGUUCAAGGAAAUCGACGCCGACAAAGACAACAUGCUGUCUCGCGAAGAAGUCAGCGACUACUUGAAGAAGCAGAUGGUCCCCGAGGACGGCGCGGAGGUCAGCGAGGACAUCAAGCAGAUGCUCGAGGGCCACGACAAACUGGUGGAGGAGAUAUUCCAGCACGAAGACAAGGACAAGAACGGCUUCAUCAGCCACGAGGAGUUCUCUGGACCGAAGCACGACGAACUCUAAACUACACAAUACCAAUGGCUUAUAUCGUAGAUAUGUCCCCGCCAACUGUAUCCUUAGUUCGUGAUUGGUACGCUCGCAAUAGAGAAGUCUUUUACGAGAACGGAAACUCUAGAACGUCAUGGACAUGAAACCUCAUUGAUUUAAAGCUCUAAUUCCUCUAGUGCUUUUUGAAUAACGAUUGUUAAAUUAAUAUCAGUAACACAGAAUGUGAAUCUAUAACCGUUAAGAUUAGGUCCAUUUUCAAGUUUUCGAUACAAGAAACUGUAUCCACGUUUGCGAGCGUGCAAAUCCUGUUUGAACAUCGAGAAAUUAGUGAGCACUCACUCAUUUGCCGUUAAAGACAUAAUAUAACAUGAACAUUUUGCUUAAUUUAUAAAAAUGCGCGGCAACCAUACAUUUCUGUGUAGUGUUUAACAUAAACAGUUUGUAUUGUAUAAAAACAGACCCUGAAAGUAGUAAGUAACCUUCUGUACGCGCGUUUCGCUGAAAAUAGGAUACCGGAGCAUCCAGGAGAAUUUGAAUUCACAAUUUAGAUGAAGUAAGAUUAUUGACUUUAACGGUAAAAAUAACUGUCAAGGUUGCAGUGGAUUUUAAAACACACUGCAUUUCUUUUAAGCUGUGUGUUUUUACAAUUAAAAAAAUGUUAUAUGUUAUUGUUUUGACUUAAAUACCUACAUGUAAUUAUUUAAGGACGUCCGAAGUGCUGUUCUUAUUUUAAAUUGCACAGUUUGGCGCCACCUGAGGGUGUCAUACCAAUGGGGUCAUCUGGGUCAAAGUCCGGGGUGACAGAGGAUAUAUCUACGAUUACAUUUUAUAUAUGAUACCAACAUAGCGUAUAAGUAAAUAAGUAAGGCCAUACUAGUAGUGAUGGUCAAUAAUGCUAUUUUGCUUUAAUUUUAUUGGCAUGCGAAUUCGAGUGUCUUGUAUUGCUAUUCGCAAAUGUGACGUAAGUAACGCAUUCAACAAACAAACAGAACAGGUAACGUGAACAAAUAUAUAUAUUCUAAAAUUCAAAUGGGAAGGCUACUAUCAGCGUGCCACGCUAAUAUACGAAAGAUAACUUGUUUGAUACCGAGAACAACAUUGAAUCUGCUAAAUGCUUUUCUCGAUUUCGCAUGCUAAGUAUUAUAGCGUAUUCUUAAUAAUCCCAUACUACAUAGGUACUAGCGACUUAGUAGCGGCUCACUCGUUGUUAGUGAUCAAUGUAUCUUGAAUUAACUGCGCCUUUCGAGGACCAUUUGAAAAGCUCUGAACAUUUAAAUCAUCACGCCAAACUUCACACCUGUAAAAACAUAGCAAAUCGUAGCUACGAGGGCGUGACGUUUUAAAUGUCACCGCGAAUAAGGGCUUUUGUUUGUUACUUAUUUUGUUUAUAUAAUUUAAAUACACUCGAACUUUUCGCGUGCUUAUGAUACGACACCAUCACGUAACGCUUGCAACAUGCGACAUGUCACUAGUGUGGCUUGGCUCUUAGUCCGCUCCGCUCAUAAGCUCAAAUCAGAAUCACGCAGUCGCUAGCGGCAGAAAAAGUUACGGGCGACCUAGUGCUCUAUUAUCAAUAAUCAUAUAGCUUAGUGUACUUAACUGUUUUAAGCACAGGUAUUAGUCCCUUAAUAGCUCGAUACUUUUAGCAUCUAAAUUUAUGUAAUCAUCUCUGGGUCAUUUCAUUACGAAGGUACACCCACCUCCCUUUUAUGCCAUAAUUACCUUAUCUAUUGAUCUUAAUCCAAAUCACUGAAGCGGUCUGCCAAGGUAACUUAAAACCCAAGGCAAAUAAAAAUCCUAGACUGGGUAAUCCUAGAUUGCAUAAUGAUCUACAUGCACAGGUUCAAUAAUAAUGAUGUGUCCCGUCUGCUAAGAUGCUAAAACUAUCCAGUCUGCUAAGACGCUAAAAGUAUUCAGCCCGCUAAGACGAUUAACCAAACUGGCCAUCGUGCGUUUGUUCAUCAUUAACUGAGAUUUGAAGUGCUCUGCUUCAAUGCUCACUCAUGCUCGUCAGCUACGUAUCAGAGAGAAGUGUGAGUGGUUUUGUUUUGUAGUUAAUAUUGUUUGUUGUUUCUAUGAGUUUGAAUCAAAGAUUUAAAUCGUACGAUAUGCUCUCGCCUUAAUUUCAAUUUGGCGAAAGGUGCCGACCGCAAAAACCGUGACAUUGCUUUUUGGUUUCAGGGCAUAUCUGCGAUGGGCUUCUUUGGUUUGAUUAUUAGGUAAGAUAAGUUUAACACUGUGUAAUACUUACUUGUACAAUUAUUAGGAACAUCUCGACGUAUUUAAUAUAACAUUAUUCACUCUUACUAAGUAUAAUAAUAUAUCGUAGUGUAUGUUGAAGACAUGCUAAUUAAUAUUAUAAUUGUUUGUAUGUAAAGUUUAAGAAUAAAGUAUGUUUUUGUCGA